CCCCAUUAACCCAUGGAAUUAUGUCACUAUGCAUGUAUGCACUUCGUAUGAAGGUAUCCCGCAAGUCUCCAAUACGGAAGCUUUACCAUCCAUACUUAAGUACUUCCCAGUAUGCAAGCAGGAAGCAGUAGUGGGCCAAAAUCUCGCCAUUCCGACCGGACUGUCUCUCAUUAUUGAUGCCUACCGAGUAACAAUAACCGACACACUUGCCUUUUCCAAACAUACAUACAAACAUACACAAAAGAGAGCUCAGCCCCAAUUGUAUCGCGUUGGUUAACCCGCAGUGUCCGGUGGGAUGAUAUUACUAGUGAGUCGUUGUCGUGGAGCAUGGGUCCAUGGGCCGCAAUCGUGUGCAUCAUCCGCGUACGUAUUGAUCCAUAACGGCAUAACCCCCCAUACGCAGGCGCUGCACAAGCGAUGCUCCAAUGCAUGUUUCAUCUUGAUAUCUAUCCAUAGAAACAGCUGAAUGCUAGCCAUCAACCUGUCAAUCCUCUGCUGGAUUUCGUUGGUGGACGCCUCAAUCGCCGCGUCAUCCCCCAGAAGUGACGGCGGUUGGUGCACUCCAAUCGGCUGGGUUCCUAGGAACGGCAAACGGCGAGCCGAGCGGUUAGGAGGGACAAGGAUCUGAUAUGGAUGGAAGGCAGUCGAAGGGCAAUUAGCAGGAUCUCGAUCAGGAGUUAGUUGAAAUCUUCCGUACCGUAGUUUUUCUAGUGAGGAGACGAGAGAAAUUGGCACUGGUCCACCAUCCACGGAGUUCUCCAGCACUUUCGGAGCACCACCGGAGGGGGAGGAGGGGGAGAGGAAGAGCGAUGGAACCAAGCGAUGCAAAAG